CUGGCCGUCACCGACAUCUGCAUCAUCAUCCCGAGCAAGGGGGAGACGCCGCCGCACACCUUCUGCAAGGUGGAGAAGAACCUCAACAGCAGCAUGUGGGGCUCCUCGGUCUACUUGUGUUACAAGAAGUCUGUGGCCAAAACCAACACAAUAGCCUACAAAGCAGGUUUAUUCAGCAGAUAUCCGGAGGAGGACUACGAGUCUUUCCCUCUGCCGGAGUCGGUCCCUCUCUUCUGCCUCCCCAUGGGGGCCACCAUCGAGUGUUGGCCAGCCAGCACCAAAUACUCCCUCCCGGUGUUCUCCACCUUCGUCCUCACCGGAGCCUCCGGAGAGAAGGUCUACGGUGCUGCCAUUCAGUUCUACGAGCCCUUCCCAGUGGAGUGUCUGACUGACCAGCAGCGCUCCCAGCUGGGUCUCCUGAGCCCCGAUCCACAGAAACCCUCCUCCUCUUCUUCCUCCUCCUCCAGCCCUACGGGGACAGCCAGCAGCAGCUCCACCACGAUCCCUCGCUCGAUCUACACCAACAAGUGCAUCUGUCUGCUCUCCCACUGGCCCUUCUUCGACGCUUUCCGCAAGUUCCUAACAUUCCUCUAUCGCUACUCCAUCUCCGGCCCUCACACCCUGCCCAUCGAGAAGCAUAUCUCUCACUUCAUGCAUAAAGUUCCCUUCCCUUCCUCUCAGAGGCCUCGCAUCCUGGUGCAGCUUUCUCCUCACGACAGCCUGAUGUUGAGCCAGCCGGUGUCGUCUCCUUUACCGCUCAGUGGCGGUCGAUUUUCCAUGCUGCUGCAGAACCUCGGACCGGAGAACGCCGUCACCUUGCUGGUGUUUGCCGUCACCGAGCACAAGAUCCUGGUCCACUCGUUACGACCCGCGGUUCUGACCAGCGUCACCGAAGCUCUGGUGUCGAUGAUCUUCCCAUUCCACUGGCCGUGCCCGUAUAUUCCUCUGUGCCCCCUGGCGUUGGCGGACGUGUUGAGCGCCCCCUGUCCGUUCAUUGUGGGAGUGGACUCCCGCUACUUUGAUCUUUAUGACCCGCCCCCGGACGUGAGCUGCGUGGACCUGGACACCAACACCAUCUUCCACAAUGAAGAUAAGCGAGCCGUCACAUGGAAGAUCCUGCCAAAGAAAGCCUGUAAAAACCUGAUGAAUGUGCUGAGCAAUCUCUACCAGCAGCUGGUCGACGGUCAGCAGCGUUCUGACGGGCAGCUGGAGCUCAGCAUGAGUUAUUCGUCGGAGCUGAGCUGUGGGAAGAGCCUCCACAUGAUGGAGCUCGAGAUCCAGGAGGCCUUCCUGCGCUUCAUGGCGGCCAUUUUGAAAGGCUACCGCUCAUUCCUGCGACCCAUCACCCAGGCGCCCUCGGAGAAGGCCACCGACGCCAGCUCGCUCUUUGACCUGCAAGGGUUCUUGAAGAGCCGCGACCGCUCACACCAGAAGUUCUACUCGCUGAUGACCAAAACCCAGAUGUUCAUCCGCUUUAUUGAGGAGUGCUCCUUCGUCAGCGACAAAGACGCCAGUCUGGCCUUCUUCGACGACUGUGUAGACAAACUUUACAAUUCAGAGCGGAGUGCAGACAAAGGAGGCAAGGUGGACGGCGACCGACCGGAGGAGACCAGGCUGAUAGAGAUUGAUGAGUCUCAGCGCAGCGAGCACACAGUCUUCAUCACACCUCCAGAGCUGCCUCCUCUCCCCGAGGGGGAGGAACAUCCUCUCUGCUACAGGUACGAUGGUUUCCCCGUGUUGACUCUGGACCUGUUUGACCCCAUGGAGGGUCUGAGGACCCCUUGCUCCCGCCUCGCUGCCAGGCACAGCUGUCCCACCAGCCCUGCCCCCAUGUUCAGACGCACCAAGCAGGAGAUCAAGUCAGCCCAGAAGAUCGCCAAGAAGUACUCGUCGGUCCCCCAGCUGUGGUCCAAGUGCCUCCUCCGUCAUUGCUACGGCCUGUGGUUCAUCUGUCUGCCGGCAUACGUGAAGGUGUGCCACUCAAAGGUGCGGGCGCUCCGAACGGCGUACGACGUCCUCAGGAAGAUGCAGGCGAAGAAGCUGCAGCCGCCUGACGAGGUGUGCUACCGGGUGCUGAUGCAGCUGUGUGGACAGUAUGGCCAACCCGUGCUGGCAGUCAGGGUCCUCUUUGAGAUGAAGAAGGCCGGAGUGCACCCCAAUGCCAUCACUUACGGCUACUACAACAAGGCAGUGUUGGAGAGCACGUGGCCCUCCAGCACCAGAGGAGGGUACUUCCUGUGGAUGAAGCUGAGGAACGUCAUUCUGGGCGUAGCGCAGUUCAAGCAGGCGCUACGACGACACGCUCCGCUCACCCAGAGUCCUCUGUCAGAUGGCAGCGACCUGGACGCCGUGAGUCACGGCAGCCUGGAUAUCUCCGCCGACACUAACCUGGGCCCCUUCGCCACCGAGUCCGCCCGAGUAGACCCCGCUGACGAUAGAUCUAGCACAGUCGGCCGUGGGGGCUGCGGCGUGGGCGCCGGGGCCCCGGUGGUCCACCCACACCGGGGGGGCUCUGAGCUCAGAGAAGCCACCCUCCACCCAGGGGAUCAGUCAGAUUUGGGAUAUAACUCGCUGUCCAAAGAGGAGGUUCGGAGAGGAGACCCCGGUGCUCAGGACGCCGCCGCCACCGCCGGCAAAGACGACAAGAAGGAGAGCGACUGCAGCUCCCGUCAGUAUUCUGUCUGUUCUGAUAGCACCUCAUAUUUCUGUCUACUGUACCUUCUGAAAAAAAGAUGAUUCUCCUCAAGUUUUCCUCGCAGCGGCGCAGGAUUUCCUCUUCCUCCGUCUUGAUCUUUCUCCUCCAGAGACGAUUCAUUCUCUGAGGUUUCUCAACAUUAAAGCUUUUCAGUCAUGUAUUAUCCUUCAACGUAUUUCUUUUUAAGGAGAUCUCAUGCAAAAAAAUCAUCGGUUUUCAUGCACUGAUCAGUCUUCUUUCAGACUAGAGGAAAGAAAACAUCCAAAAUACA